UCUCUUCGCGUGAGUGGUGGGAGUGGGAUAACAUACCUUCGCAAUUGUCUAUUUUAUCGACCAAGUUUUUAUUGCGAGGCCACUAUCGCCAAAAAGGUCUAUCGUCCGUCGUUUUUAGUUUCCUUUGCAGCCAGGUUUCGUAAAAGGUGUACCCACACACCUGAUUGAAGAGCCAACUUUAGCUUCGGGCGUGAAUUUCUAAUCAAGUGUCGGACAUUUUUUUCCUUUAGCCAUCACCCUUUCAAUUGAACAUCCAUGUUGCAGCAGCUACAUGUCGCAGAAGCUCUUGGUGAAAUGUGUAGCUAACUAAUUUUUUCUUAUCAAAGAUGGGGUUCUCUUCUAGCCUUCAAGGCAAAAAUUCCCAUGAAGCACUAUUGGUACGACAGGAUGCUGAGUUGAAAAUUCUUGAGAAUCUCAAGCGGUGGUUAGUGCUUAGGAUAAAAUGUGACCGAGAUUAUGCCAGUGCCUUAGUUUCUCUCUCAUCAAUUACAUCUAAAUUUGAAAAAAGUGAAGAGCUUUCUGGAAGUUUGUUAUCGAAAGCUGUGCACACAGCUAUUGAAAAUUCUGAAACAAUUGCUGGUCUUCUCAAGCAGAAUGCAGACUUUUUAUCAAAUGUUACUUUAGAAAAAUUAAAUGCAAUUUUAAAUGACAAGAGAAACACACGCAAAUUCUACCAAGAAGAAUACAGUAGGCUGGUUGCUGAAUCAAUAACCCUUCAAGAGUCAGUUCAGAGAGCCAAGAGUGAAUAUGAAAAAUCAGUAGAUGGCUACAAAGUAGCUUAUAGCAAGUAUGAAGAAUUGACAUUAAAUCCAAAGAGUAAAGGAACUGGUAAGAAAUCGGAGGAAGUUAUAAAGGAAAAAUUUCAACGUGCUGUUAAACGCUUGCACAUCGCUCAUAAUGACUACGUGCUUCAUCUCCUCGAAUCUGCAGACUAUGAAAGAGAUUUCCGCACCGUUCUCUUACCGGGACUACUGGAGUUCCAACAGGUUGUCCAAGAAGACAUAUUACAUCAAUGCCAUACUGUCAUAGAAGAAAUAUCGCAAUAUUCCGACUUUAGCUCAGAGCCAUUUAAAUUACUAUUUAACAUGCUUCAAGCACGCGUGAAUGAAAUUAACCCAGAAAGUGAAUUUAAGGAAUUCAUCGAAAAGCACAAAUCAGCCCCGGUUGCUGCCCAACCCCCAAUCUUCGAUGCAAAAUUAAGUGCCUUACAGGAUAAUAGCCAUUCCAAUCCACUGAGGCCGGACCGAGUAGCUGUUGAUGAUUUGACGUUGGAAGCACUGAAGCAAAAACUGCGUUUACUCGAACAGAGACUCAGCUCCGUGCAGAACGAACUGGCACUGAAGCAAACUGCAUUACAUAAAUUGGAAGCUGAAUUAAUGGCGCUGAAAAAAGAAGGGUCAUCGGAAAAAGAAUUAUCAAACAUCAGACGUCAGAUUGAAGGGUGCAGGCGACAAGUAGGCGAACUGCGCUGUCUAGAGCUAAAAUGGCAGCGUCAAGUGGACACGAUUGCUGAGGCCGUAACGGCGUUGUCCGGGCAAGUGCCUUCAGGAUGUGAGCUGCACCUAGUAAACGAAUCGGUAUCAACAUCAGUCAGCCUGGACGAACUCACGACGCCCUCCUUAAUGACGACGGGAAACAACAAUACAUCGCUGGGUAAGAGACGAGGCCAGUCUUUGGUGGAUAUUUUAAAACGGCCAUUCAGUCGUAAGUCGAUGACACCUCCAGCAUCACCGGGUAGCAGAUUGAAGGCCAAUCAGGAAACAAGAGAGGAACCAACUACAACAAAAAUGGACGAAGCAACAGGAACACAGUUUGUUCCGCAGGAAAGCGGAGCUACACCUGAGUGUGAGGAGAACGUCGUUCCAUCGUUAAACACUCUUGCAACACCUGUCGUAGAAAAUGGCCAGAAUCUUGAUAUUUUCCCACUUCCUCUUCCACCUACCCCGAACGCCUCGCCAAUUGCAAAUGCAAAAAUUGCUGCUGGAUUAUCGGAGAAGGAGUGGUUUCACGGCGUACUUCCUAGGGAAGAAGUGGUCCGCUUACUUGUCAAUGACGGCGAUUUCCUUGUUCGUGAAACCAUGCGUCAUGAAGAACGUCAAGUGGUGUUAUCAGUAGCCUGGGCUGGGCACAAACACUUUAUCGUUCAGACGACUGCCGAAGGACUGUAUCGAUUUGAAGGUCCAGCCUUUCCAACCGUGCAAGAAUUGAUUGCUCAUCAGCAAGAAUGCGGAUUGCCUGUCACUACCAAGUCAGGUGCCAUUCUGAAACGAUCAGUACCCAGAGAGACAUGGGAGCUGAACAAUGAUGACGUCGAACUAGUUGAAAAAAUUGGAAGUGGCAAUUUUGGAGACGUAUAUAGAGCUCGAUUGCGCCAUACUGGCGUCUUGGCGGCCGUUAAAACUUGCCGCCAUACACUUCCUGACGAGCAAAAAAAGAAAUUUUUGCAGGAAGGUCGAAUAUUGAAACAAUACGAGCACCCAAACGUUGUUCGUUUUAUUGGUAUCUGUGUCCAAAAGCAGCCUAUCAUGAUUGUUAUGGAACUGGUGCCAGGCGGCUCGUUAUUGAAUUACCUGCGUCAAAAGAACGUUCAGCUAACCACCAAACAAUUGAUGGCUAUGUGCGUGGAUGUCGCCGCUGGCAUGGCCUACUUGGAAUCACGUAAUUGUAUUCAUCGUGAUCUUGCUGUUCGCAAUUGCCUUGUUGGAGAAAAUAACGUAGUUAAAAUCUCCGACUUUGGGAUGUCCCGUGAAGAACAAGAAUACAUCGUAUCGGAUGGAAUGAAACAGAUACCUAUCAAAUGGACAGCUCCAGAAGCGUUGAAUUACGGAAAGUACACGUCACUCUGCGACGUUUGGAGUUUCGGUGUUCUAUCCUGGGAAGUGUUUUCUAGGGGUGGAACGCCGUACAGUGGUCUCUCUAACACAAGAUCUAGACAAAUGAUUAGUGCAGGCUAUCGAAUGCCUGCGCCUGAAGGAACUCCUGAUGAAAUGUACCGAUUGAUGCGUCGUUGUUGGGAAUAUGAACCUGAACGUCGGCCGCAUUUCGAAGAAAUUUGUGGCCUAUUGGACGAGAUGAUGAAAGAAAUGUCAUAAUUAAUCGAACACAAAAAAGCCAUAUAAUGAUCAAAUCAAUUAAUCCCAUCACGAUUUCGUUUGAUGAUGAAACUGGCAAGUUACGGUGCUACACGUCUUUUUAUCAAGUUGCAUGCAAGUUUAUAAUAGUUCUUGUUUUUGUUUUCAAAGUAUUUUAAAGCUAAAAUCUAUUUAAAUUAUUGGCCUAAACAAAUUAUACUGCCAGGUCUAACCAUUUGCAUUUGUAUUAAAAGAAAAAAGAAAAAAAAAUGUUUUCCCUUUUCUUCUGAAAUGCAAAAAUAAACCGUCACAUGUGCCUUAAA